CCUUUUUUUUUUCAUCUGCGCCUCUUCAGACGUGGUCUGAAUCUCCAGUGAGCUGAGAGAGAGGCCAGGAAGACCCCCACCCCCCAACCCUCAACCCCCCAAACAACAUUUAUCAACCUUAACGCGGUGGUGGGCGUCUCCACAUCAGGAAUAAUAAUGGACUAACAGUCUUUUCUGCCGUUUCAGCUUGAUCACCACUCUGGCUUCUCGGGGAGCUGGAAGAAGAUGAGCCCUUUCUCUUCGGCUGAGGAGGGUUUGCUGCUGUUGCUGUGUGGGGGAGUGGGCUACAUCCUGUGGCGUUUCCUGUGUUUGUAAACUAGACGGUGCAGAAAACGUCGGCGAGCAAAGCUGUUUUAGUACUAGAUGAGUGAGGUGGGUGUGGCUUCCCACCAGCCCGACCAUCCUGACUGACGGAUCUCUGGAUGACCUUGUCCCCACCCCUGUCCCUGCGCUCACAUAUACCACAGCAAUGUCACAUCUGCCCAGCAGCUCAGUCCGCGACCAUAUGAAAUGGGCGGGGCUGCUUGGCUGCGAAGCUGUCCUGUCCAGCAUGGCCCUGAUGCAGGCCAGUACAAUGGCUGCUCCUCCUAAAAAAAUGAUGGCUCCGCUCGGCCAUGCACCGCCUCAGAGAGACGGACCCGACCGUGCUCCCCAGAGCCACAUGAUCCUCCCUUCUGGAAUGAGCUGCCCACCCCUGCUUAUCAGGAAGGAAGGUGAAUUCCAAGCUCCCCGCCUGCUGGAUGAGAAGGACAUGAGGACCAACGAAGACAUGCAGCAGAAGAAAAAGAACAGGAAAUCAGUGACGCCCUGUAAAGUGAGAGAACAAGAAGGAAGGGGAGGGAAGGGCACAGGUGGAGAUGAGAAUGGUCCGGCCUCCAAAGUGCAGAAAAAUUUUAUUUGUGAUCAUUGUUACGGAGCAUUUAGAAGUGGAUAUCACCUAAAGAGACAUAUCCUCAUUCAUACAGGGGAGAAGCCGUAUGCUUGUGCCGUUUGUGACAUGAGGUUUAUUCAGCGUUACCACCUGGAGAGACACAGCCUCAUUCACACGGGGGUGAAGCCGUUUGCUUGUUCCAUGUGUGACAUGAGGUUUUUCCAGCGUUACCACCUGGAGAGACACAGACUCACUCAUACGGGGGUGAAGCCGUACGCUUGCUCCAUGUGCGACAUGAGGUUCUUCCAACGUUACCAUCUGGCAAGACACACCCUCACACACACCGGGGUGAAGCCAUACGCUUGCUCUGUGUGUGAUAUGAGAUUUUUCCAACGCCACCACUUGGCACGACACAGCCUCACUCACACGGGGGUGAAGCCAUAUGCUUGCUCCAUGUGUGACAUGAGAUUUUUCCAGAGAUACCACCUGGCAAGACACACUCUCACUCACACGGGGGUGAAGCCAUACGCUUGCUCCAUGUGUGACAUGAGGUUCUUCCAGCGUUACCAUUUGGCAAGACACACCCUCACUCAUACCGGGGUGAAGCCAUAUGCUUGUACCAUGUGUGACAUGAGAUUUAUUCAACGCUACCAGCUGGAGAGACACAGCCUCACCCAUACAGGUAUGUGCUCAUUUACUCGUAUUUGCCUCCAUCCAAUCGCUUCCUGGCUUUGGUCGUGCAUGCAGUACGCAUUAAUGGUUGAAUGGCUGCUUCAAACUCGAGUUUGUAAUGCUUGCUUAUAACUAUCCUGGCAGUUGCUGAUUUAGUCUUGGAGCAUCUUUACAAAUCGUUGGUGUGUUAGAACAUUUUCCCUGUUCUUUGUUUAUGAAAUGACAUGACAACCAGGAAGAACGUGGAAAUCAGGCUUUUUAGCCGUCAUUGCAUUACUGCAGCCCUGGAAUAUCUUGGUGCAUGCUUCCUGACUGAUGAUUUUUUAAUGCAAUUUUAUUAUAACUCAGAGAUGUUUGCCAGAGAUCUUCAGAAAGCAAACUUAAUAAAAUAUUUAAUCAAUGUUUUAAAACUCAAGAUCAAAUUUGCCUUACAUUGUUGCGCAAUGAAAGCUAAAUUGCUGCCUGCAAAUCAGAGAUUCAUGCAGUUGUAACUUUAGUCUGAUUGAGAGAUGUAAAUUUAGCAUAUCCUGCAGUCGCACACACAAAAGGAAGCACUUUGUGAGGCCAUAUCAAACUGGAACUGCGCUCAGAAUGGGCACUAAUUUUACGUUAACGCUUUGGUUUACUGGGCAAAGAAAAAACCCCAGCAAAUUAGCUGAAUUUUGUCAUUUUGUCAUUUCACAUUCAAAGUUAUGGUCAGGAAACGAUCAUCUACUUUCAUGCAUACAUAACUAUGUUUGUAAAUAUGUCUCAUGUUGAUAUUGUUUUGUAAGUUGGAUUUUACAAAGAUUUUAAAUGACGGAAUGAAGUCGACUUUCA